UUGAGCAAACCUUCGAAGCAGUGGGACUAAUAAAUUGUCCACCAAACCACCACACAGACACUCUCUUCUUCAACUUUUCAUUCUCUUGUUUUGUUCCAAUCCUGAAGCAGAUCUGGCAAUGUCGCAAGGAUUCGCAAUCGAACUAUACCUAGACCCAGCGCUUGAGAAUCAGGUUCUGAAAGCGUGGAAUGUUCUCGCGCGGAGACAAAUCAGCACACACCUAAUCGAAAUGGAGUCACGGCCUCACAUAACCCUAUUCUCCACCCCCUUUCUAGAACCUUCCAAAUUGGAACCUCUCCUCAGAGCCUUCGCCUCCAAGCACGACCCUCUCCCUCUCUCCUUCUCAUCCCUCGCCACCUUCCCCAACGACGCCGACAACCUCUUCUUCCUCGCCCCCACUCCCACCCUCGCCCUCCUCCACCUUAAUAUUAUUAGUUAA